CUAGAAGUUUGUCAGUUGAGUUUAAGCGUUCGUUGUGUUAACAACUGUUUGCUCUAAUAAUUUUUUUGUGGUGAAUUUUGUGCUCACAAACCAACUAUGGCCAACAACCGAGCUGCUAAGAGUGGAUUUGCCGCCGAGGCACAAAGAAAGAUCAACAGCAAGUACAGCGAAGAAUUGGCACAGGAAUGCUUAGAAUGGAUCAAGAGUGUGACCAAUGAGCCAAUCAGCACAAGCGGGGAUAUGGACAAUUUCUAUGAAAUACUCAAGGAUGGAGUCCUACUCUGCAAACUAGUGAACGAAAUGAAAGGCGGUUCGGUGAAGAAGAUCAACGAAUCCAAGAUGGCGUUCAAGUGCAUGGAGAACAUCAAUAACUUCCUGCAGGUGGCGCGUGACAUGGGGGUGCCCGCCCAGGAGACCUUCCAGACGGUCGACCUCUGGGAGAGACAAAACCUCAACUCGGUCGUCAUCUGUCUCCAGUCGCUCGGAAGAAAAGGUGCCAUGUACGGCCAGCCAAGCAUCGGACCGAAGGAAGCCGACAAAAAUGUGCGCAAUUUCAGCGAGGAACAGCUGCGCGCCGGACAGGGCGUCAUCAGUCUGCAAUACGGUAGCAACAAGGGAGCCAAUCAGAGUGGAAUCAACUUUGGCAACACGCGACACAUGUAGGCGACUGGCGACAAAUGUAGGCGACUGGCGACAUACGUCGGCGACACGCGACACUUGUCGACGACACAUCCGCGCACUAUCAUGUUGCUGCUGUUACCAUCAUUAUACGUGCCAACUAUAUUCACUUUUCUUUUUAGAAGCACAUUAGAAAUUAUGAAGUACCCUUUAUUUUAUUGUAACACAACUAGUUUCAACUCUACAAGAGUCGGUUUUGAGUGUGGAAAAUGUUUCUUGAAGAGUUGAUAAAUGAAGGAUUUAUACUCUUCAUUUUAUUAUUAAACAACUAGUUUCAAAUCUACAAGAGUCGUUUUCAAUUGUGGAAAAUGGUUCUUGAAGAGUUGAUACCCCCCAUUUUAUUAGAGAACAAGUAGUUUAAGCUCUACAAAAGCCGUUCUAAAGUGUGGAAAAUGGUUUUUGAAGAGUUGGUACCCUACCCUUCAUUUUAUUAUAAAACAACUAGUUUCAACUCUUCAAGCGCCAUUUUUAAGUGUGGAAAUGACUUUUGAAUAAUUCAAACUAUAGUCUGUGCAAACCUUAAUUUACAGCAUUGUUCUUAUGGAGUACAGUGUUGCCAGAUUUGAUUCUUGAAGAAUUGAAAAUAUAAAACUAUGCAAACCUUAGUUUACACCAUUGCUCUUAUGGAGUACAGUGUUGCCAGAUCUGACUCUUGAAGGAUUGAAACUAUGAAACUGUGCAAACCUUAGUUUAAAGUAUUGCUCUUUUGGAGUACAGUGUUGCCAGAUUUGACUCUUGAAGAAUUGAAAAUAUAAAACUGUGCAAACCUUAGAUAGCAGCAUUGCUCUUAUGGAGUAGCCUACAGUGUUGCCAGAUUUGACUCUUGAAGAAUUGAAAAUAUAAAACUAUGCAAACCUUAGUUUACAGCAUUGCUCUUAUGGAGUAGCCUACAGUGUUGCCAGAUUUAACUCUUGAAGAAUUGAAAAUAUAAAACUAUGAAACUGUUCAAACCUUUAAUUGUAGCAUUGCUGUUAUGGAGUACAGUGCUGCCAGAUUUCACCAAAUCCAGAGAGCCAGUGACUAAUUUUGUGAGAUUGAUUGAGUUCUCUAUUUAUGUAGCUAACAAUAUAAUACUGUCUUAUACACUCAAAUACAAAAGCUUACAAUACAGCACAAUUAUAGAUGAAUUUAUUUAUAGAGUAAGAAAAUAAUUAUUGAACUGCAUAUGAUAUGAGAAAGACAAUUUGGAAUAACUAUAGAUAAUAUUGUUAUGCAUCUACAUAAAUUGGCGGAGCUUUGGACAUAUCAAUGUCCAUUCUACGGAAAGAAUAUUCAAAAUAUCCUUCCCACUAACUCUCUAUCAAAAGAGCAAGAAAGAGAAUGUAGGCUUUUUUGAUAGAAUCAGCAUAGAAACGGCAACCGUGUGCUCCUAUUUUUCUAUUGAAAUAACAUUGGUCAUAAAGCUUCUUGCAACAAGUUGAGGCUUGCACGGACUGUAGUUUAAACUCUUUAAGAGACUUUUUCAAGUGUGGAAAUGGGUCUUGAAGAGUUGAAACUAGUUGUGUCAUGAAAUAAAGGGUACUUGAUAAUUUUUAUUGUGUGCCAACCAUCGCUAAUCUGUUUUUCAUCCUUGUGUUGUCACUUGUAAAUAUUCUGUACUCUGAAGAAAUUAUUGAUCUAUCAAAAAUUUGUGAUGGAGUAAUGUGGAGAUCACUAAAUUAUUGUAGCCUAACCCUAAAAUCGCUCUUGCUUCGUUUGUAAAUAAUCUGAAGUCAAAAGAUUUUGAUCUGUCAGGAAGUUAGUGAUGGAAUAAUUUUCGAUAAACAAUGUCUGUUACAAAAUGAAUCUUUUCUGGAGUAUUGGGAUUUUUAAUUGUUGUGAUGAUUGAGAUAACAAAGGUACUUCAAACCUUCACCUGCGAAGUAUGUUCUUCAAAUUUAUUCAUAAAACCAAUGUUCAACUACCGAAUGUUAGCCUUUCAACAUUGUUCUACAUUAAACAAAAGUAGUUGUUGAUUUUGUUCUACAAUUAUCAACAAAAAUGUUCUACUAUGUACCGUUUUUCUGGGAGCAGUGGGUGAAAUAUUAUUAUCUACACUAUUCUAUCACAAACUUUUUGUAAACUGUAUCAAACUCACUGGUUACAGUUUCCUAAGUUGAUUACUCAAUAAUAAAUUUCAAAAUUAAAUUCAAAAAAGAUUACUGAAGUUUCUCUCCCAUUGUUUUGCCAAUACUUCAUUCCAUCUCUCAUUAUUUAUGUAUUAUUGUUGUGUAAGUUUUGAUAACUGUAUCUGUUUUCUAGGUUUAAAUAAUAAUAAUUUUCUAUCUAUCCAACUAUUCAAUUAAAUAACUAGGCUAGUACUUUUCAUAGAUUAUUUUCUGAAAUCAAAUAGAUGUUGCGAAAUUGUGGUGCUAAAUUGUUCAAAUUUUUCUAUUUCUUCCUGAUCCUUGUAGAGGACCAAAUCAAUUAAUAGUUCUAGUAAAAAUGAAACAGGAAUAAUUAUACUAUUAUAGCAAUCUGGGAUUGUAAUGAAUAAGAAAAAUUAAUGUUGCCUCUGGAUAUUGUUAGUUGUUGAAAUCUAUUAAAAUAGUCUAUAAAUGUUCAAUUAAAUACUCAAAAAUCAUUCCGUUAUAAGUGGCUCUUGCUACCUUGAUAGUUGUUCUAUGAAAAUUAUGUAAUAAAUUAUAUUCUAUUUUCAAUAA